AUGGAAAUGGCUUUGGGAGAAAGUGAAGUGUACGGGAAGAGGCAGUACUCGUGCAUGACAGACUGCGCAGCUCCUGAGAUGAAGUGUGUGAAGCGUAGAAGAAGAGGCGCAACUGCUUCUGUGCUUGGCAGCACACAGCCGGUGCAGCAGCAAGAGAAUGACUCGAUUUCUGCUCCAAAAACUGUCCAGAGGAGUUCGAGAUUCAGAGGCGUCAGCAGGCAUAAGUGGACAGGAAGAUACGAAGCACAUUUGUGGGACAAACUUACAUGGAAUGUUACUCAGAAGAAAAAGGGAAAGCAAGUCUAUCUUGGUGCAUACGACGAUGAGGAAGCUGCAGCAAGAGCGUAUGAUCUAGCUGCUUUGAAGUAUUGGGGGACGUCGACUUUCACUAAUUUCCCGAUACCAGAUUAUGAGAAAGAACUUCAUAUAAUGCAGACUGCAACAAAGGAAGAGUACCUAGCCUCUUUGAGAAGAAAGAGCAGUGGUUUUUCAAGAGGGGCAUCAAUAUACAGAGGAGUGGCCAAACAUCAUCAGAAUGGAAGAUGGGAAGCCAGGAUUGGAAGAGUUUUUGGAAAUAAGUACCUCUACCUCGGCACCUACAGUACCGAAGAAGAGGCUGCACAAGCAUACGAUAUAGCAGCAAUAGAAUACAGAGGAACAAAUGCAGUCACCAACUUUGAGUUGAGCUCCUACAUUAGAUGGUUAAAUCCGAGAGCAAACAAUUCAGUCCCUCUUCAGGAAUUGAAAGCAAGCACAAAUCAACCAGAUGCGCUGUCGCCUCUUUGCUUGAGUAAAAAACCACACUUUUCGUGCUUACCAGCAACGCCUUGCAAUAUAAACCCCAUGGCCACGAGCAUGCAGGAGGAGUUCAAAAGAAACACUGGAAUUGGCUCGUGCAACAAGUCCUCGUCUCCAACAGCAUUAGGUCUACUGCUGAGAUCUUCGAACUUCAAGGAACUGGUUGAGAAGAACUCAAAUCUGUCAGGAGAAGAGAGCAGUGAUGAAAAAAUGAACAACCUGCAACAGAGCACUGAAGGCAGGGAUAUGUUCUACAGUGUCCCAUUUUCACUGUCUUCAAAUAGCCAUUGGAUUGAGCUGCAAGGAUAA